AUGAACUUCGCCAACACCAAUAAGAUACUGCCAUAUGAACCUCUGCCUCCGCACAUGCCUCAGCGUCACUUCUCAAGACUGGCCGAGUUUGACUUUAGCAGACCCGUACAUGCGGACAAGUUUUUGCAAGCUGGUUCGAGAGGGUACUACUGCGGCUUCGACACAUGGCAAGCACCUAAGAAUGCCUCGUCUACAGGCACAAGCUCGGUCGUGGUCGCUGGGUUUGAAGGUGGUCUGGAAGUUCACAAAGUGAAUCGACAGAAGACUGAGGUGCUAGGCCGUCUAGAGGGCUUGCAAGGCGGCGUGAUCGACGCGAAGAUUCUCCCAUGGACAGCUCGUGACGAUCCCUUAGAGCACCUACGUCCUCUGGUUGCCUGUGUAAUCCACGGUCCGGUGCUCGAGCGUGAACAUGAUCAACCGACUUCUCCUCCCGGCAUCAAAGAGUAUCAUACCUUUGUUGAAGUCUAUUCCAUGCGAACUUGGCAACCGGUGAGCAGGCUUUUCCAGACUAGACCUGAGAAGAUUCACCAGUCAGUCGCGACAAAAGGGUUUAUACCUCCUCCACCCAUCGGCAAUCUCAGUGUCGCAGCCGAAGGACGUUUCGUUCUUGUCACCUCUGGUGUCAGUGGUGAGAUGUUCGUAUUCGCCGUCCCACAUCAACAGGCAGCUGUUGAAAAACAGCCGUUCGUAUGUCUUGGAAAGUAUUGGUCAAGUCUGCAAACAAGAACCUCUGCCUCGGAGGUGAGAAACGCAAUGACGAAUAACGAUCCAGGAACUGCGAGACCCAGGAGCCCGAAGAGAGCUGUGUACGCGCUGAGCGACCGCUGGCUCGCCAUCAAGCCCCCACUCAUCUCGUCUUCACAGACAACUUUGAAAGGUACCACUGGCUCCAUCAGCCAUAUUGACCCUGUUAGCAUCGCGAGUCACGCUUCACCAGCUCCGCCUAUGUUGAAUUGUGAAGUCGAUGCUCCGUUCAACGAAAGCCUCAUCAGCCGUGUCGCCAAAACCACUACUCGAGAAAUAUACAAAGGUGCUCAGCAAGGCUUUCAAGCAUUGAAGACAUACAUCAAUCGCCCGGCCAACUCCAAUGGCGACCCCGCUUACUAUGGGUCAACUCAGUCACCUCAGACUGAGCAUAAUGCCUUCCCACCCACUCAUGCUCAUAGCAACGAGCCUCAAACAUCUCCAAUAGAGCCAGCACUUGUGUCAAUCAUCGAUCUUGAGAAACUGUUGGAACGUGGAGAGCGUGAUAGCAAGGGAAGUCAGCCUUCUCCACACACCUUCCACCUUAAUGAUGGAUGUUCUUUCCUUUCAUUUUCUCCCGGCGGUUUAUCUCUACUUGCUACCAACCACGUUGGAGAUGAGUCAAGGGUAUGGGACUUGACCCGCAUCAAUGAUGGUAGAGCAGUGUUUGCGGAUCCAUCUUCCAUUGGCACUGUUCGUUUGAUAUCUAGGUUCCACAGGCUGUCACCAUCGGUGGUGACUGAUGCUUUCUGGACUGUACGCGGAGACCGCAUCGCUAUCGUCACUGAUAAAGGCACUGUGCAUCUUUAUGGUCUGCAAUCUUUAGAGUUCAAGCCUACAGUCAUGUUGCAGUCGAACUUGCCUUCCCCAGGCUCAUCACCACGCGAAGAGGUGCAAACACCUGCCGGAGGUUUCAUGAGCAACAUGCGUGCUGGGUGGCAGAGCAUUCACGGCCUGGCUACUCGACCACGAACUGGUUCAAAUGGCAUUGUCAGUACUCUUGGCAACGCAUCAAUGGCUGCAAGGUAUGCAGGAGGUAGAGCCGUACGCCAAGGACUGUCCAAAGGAUUAGGAAUGGCUGCUGAAGGAGCUCAUCAUAUCCGACACGCCGAGGACAACAAGAUCCGUUUGCACCCAGCUCAACACUUUGUUUCACCAAGAUGUGUACAAUGGCAACAUGGCAAAGAUCGAGACAUGAUUGCAACUCUCUGCAACGGUGUCCUUACCUUAUUGGCCGUCAAGAACGUCAGUCAUACACAACACAAGAAGACUGUCAUUAGCCCGGCUGUAGAGAAAACGCCACUCUAUACACAGCCUCUUCCAACUAUUUCCAGCGAUUUGCUACCACCUUCGGUGCUCGGCUUGCUUGAACCUGAUGGGCCUCACGGAGGAUGUGCUCGCGAAGGCUUGCACGGAUUUUGUGUCUGGGAUGUGUCUUCUGCUCCAAGACUCUCCGAGAGACGAGCUUCUAACGUCAGUCUGGGCAAGAGGAAGAUAAGGAUACCUCAUCAAGACAAGGACACAAAUCCGUCUUACAUGCCUUACCACCGCUUACCAUCUGUCAAUCUCUUUACGGUCUCCGACUUGAAGAGGCCAACAGAUGAGACAGACGAUGCUUGGGUAUUCGGGUUGCCCUUGGCGCCCAACAGGAGAGUCACCAGCCCGCAGGAUGACACAGCAGAAGACAUGGAAGGAUUUGUCGGUCAGAUGGAUGAGACGCUGCGUGGGCAAGGAUUCUCGAAGAGCAACGAUGAGCUUGACUCUCAUGAAGAGAAGCUGGUUGACACGUGA